AACAUCUCAUUUCCACAGCUAGCAUUUUUAUCCCAAACAACACAAGAAAUUUUCUUUUUAACAAACUUUCUUACUUGAUUUUUAUUAUUAACAAAAAAUACUUAUUUUAAUCUAAAAAAGAAAAUAAAUAAAAAUUUUAAUCCAACUGAAUUGUUUGAAUCGAAUCGAGGGUAUUCGAGUUUUUUGGGAUAGGCGAAAGCAAGGGCAAAAGGCAUAGCUGCAUCCAUCCAAUCAGCACACCGCAACAACAACAACAAAUACAGAAACAACAAUAGCUUCACUUACAUUUUAUUCACAGAAAAAUGGAUUCACCUCCAAUGUUUAAUAGUGUCGAAGACGAAUGCAGAUACUGGAAAGAACGGGCAAAGCUUUACCACAAAGAAUGGACAGAUGUGAAGCAAGAAUUCGAUGAAUAUGUUGAACAAUCCCGACAAAUGGAAGCCGAAAUGGAUGCAACAUUAGAACAGAAACAAAAUGCCAUCAAAGAUCUCAGAUUGAAAGUAGCAAAUUUAGAAAAAGAGAAUGAUUCCCUACGAAUGAAACAAGAUUCUCAUAUUAUUGAAUUUGCAAAUGUUGAAAAACAAUUGGAAACUGUUAAAAAUGAACGAGAUUCAAUGAAGCAAUAUUUGCGUCAAUUGGAACAGAAAAACGACGAUCUCGAGCGUGCUCAUCGAAUAUUAAAUGAGAGUAUUGCCGAUUUCGAAGCGAUGCUUGACAAGGCAUACGAAAAGAAUGCCUUACUCGAAAUGGAAGUUGAUGAAAAAGAAAUGUUACAAGAGAAGCUACAAAGGCUGAUGGAUGAAACAAGAGAUUUAAAACAAGAACUGAAUGUAAAAACACGAUAUCCCAGUACCACACCGAAUGGCGUUGCUGAAAAUUCAGUUCUAUCAGAAAACCUAAGUAAUCCGACAAAUGCAACCAUACCAACUGGCAACAGUCAGUCGUCGUUGAAUGAAUAUAAUCAAAAUUCUCUAAAAAAUCCAGACAAUAUGCUGAAUGGAAACGCUGCCGCCAUGACUGCAAGUUCCCGCACAACAGCGUUGAAUAUUGUUGCUGAUAUGUUAAGAAAGCUCAAUUUGGAUAAAACACUUUUAUGUUCGCGUUGUAGAAAGUUUCGUUGUAUAUGCAAAGAACAGAGAGCACUUCAAGACGAUAUAAGUAGUAAUAAUUUAAAUGCGACAAGCAGUAGCAGUCGAACGAGCAUGUCUUUUGAAUCGACCACCAACCACAAUCAAUCUUUUGGUUCGUCGUCGCCAAAUAUUUUUAAACGAUUUGCACAACGUUUCAGCGGCGAUUUUCGAUCGACUUCGCCAUCAAUCACAUCUUCAAAUUCAGCUAUCGAUGAUGUACAAAGCAAUGCUAUGGAAACAAAGCUGAAAGCUUACCGUGAACAGCCGCCAAGUAUGCAACCGCGGCAAUGACAACUAGCCAGAGUACACCACCCUGUUGCGGAUAAUUGCGCUGCUUAAAAAUUACCCACUUCAACAGAGGUCUUGUACUGUGCGCCCAAUGUCCUCCACCAAGGAUAUUAAUUGUUUUCAUUUGUAUUAUAGGUACUAUUUUUCUUUAUUUUUCUGUUUCUCAAUUUCACAAUUUAGAAGGAAAAGAAGAAAAAAAGUGUGUGUUUUUAAAAAAAUUCAGAGACGCAAUUCCAUGAUGGGAAUUCCAAAAACAAACAAAAAAAAAGUGCUUUUGUGAUUUAUUUAAUUUUUAUACGAUGACGCGCCUGGGAAGGGAGCGAAAAAUGAAAUGUUAUUUUUUUUUACCACAGCAGACAACACUUACAUGUUUUCGCCCAAAAAAAAACAAACCAACAAAACACACUCAAAGCAUAGUCAUUUUUAUUGAUGUUCAGCAGAACUAACUAGUACUGGUUUAUUAGUUUUAUAUUUUCCAAGUAUCUGCUAGAUAGUAAUUAUGACAACAAUGGACAGAUAUAUUUAUAUAUUUAAACAAAACAACAACAACAUUAAAACUGAUACUGAUGAUCAUUCGAUGAUAUAAAAAAAUAUAACAAAAAAGGUACAGACGUAUGAGAUAAAAAGAAAACACAUAGGAUUAAAUUUAAAAUAGAAGUAGUAGAAAGCAGGACUUAAAUUUAAAGAAAGAAUAUAAAAAAAAGUAUUUCCUAAGCAUUAUGUAAGCCUAUGAAAUAGUUUUAUCUUAUAAAAAUAGAAUAUCUAUAUUAUACUGUAUAAUCCCCAGCAAUUAUAAAAAAAAAAAAAACAAAACAAAAAAUCAAAACAAAAUCCUUCCUAUGUGUUUUAAUUUGCC